AUGCAGACUUGCACACUUAUGUCCAUCCACACCGAGACUCAAGCCUGGGUGGUAUCACCCCCCAUCUCACCACUAAGCUCACGGGAGGUGGCGCCACUGAAUUCCAUUGGCAGGCUGCACGUGUUUACCACCGCCACCGUCGCCGUCGGCGGAUUGAGCCUGAUAGGACAGCAGAGCAGCCCUGGUGGCCUCGACCACACGUUCGGCCUGGAAGACGGCAUCCUGGAGCGCCUUGACAGUCUGAGAGGCCCUUUCCGCCGUCCCGUUACCGUUGACCUUGCCAUUGCCGUUGACCUUGGAAGCAGCAGCGGCAUCACGCUCCUGGAGCAUCUCGCGGAUGAAGCCGUUGAGCCAGAGGCCCUCGAGGUCACUGGCCGACAUUGCCUCGGCGCCCGAGAUGGUGCCGCGGCACGAGGCAGCGCCGCACAGGCAGUCGAAGGGCUGGGCCAUGUGCCACUCGGUGGACGGGUAGAAGAAGGUCAGCUCCUCGCCGGCGCGGAUACCCUUGGGUCCGACCAGGAUCGCAAGGUUGGCCGUGUCGAAAAUGAGCGAGGGUUCACACGAAUGGUUGAUGUACAGCAGGUCGCUAUUGAGGUUCAGAUGUCGGUCCCGGCUGAUCUGCACCGUGGCGUACGUCGGCUUGUCGGCCAGGGUACAGGGCGGGAAGGACAUCUUGGCGUAGAGGGCGAAAGGGGGUAG